AUGCAGACGCCACAUUCGAGAAAGCUGACGCUUGAGGAGCGAUUUGUGAGAGGAUCACUAAUGGCCAUGGAAAAGAUUGAAGAUCGCCUGCGACAAUUUCAACGUCAAGUACAAAGUGCUAAGCUGGACGUCGCCAACGCGCAGCAGAAGACAAUGAACAAUAUUGCGCAUGAACGUAGCGCUCAUCAGGCUUGUCUGGAUCGCCUUGAGGAUCUACAACGAGAGAACUUUGCUCUAAUGCAAAGCAGAUAUUUGGAAUCCGGUUGUGAUGACAGUGUUUGGCAACGAAAAAUCGAUGCAUUGCCGGCAUAUGAAGCUCUGUACAGCUUUGCACAACAUGCCGUUCGUAAGUACUCCGAUCUUCGGUGGAUGUUAUUGGAAAGAGAGCGAGAAGCGAGUCGGGCCGAGCUUGACCUCAUCGCUGCACAAUCGUCGUUGCUUGUCACACAUGCUCAGAAUGAACGAUUCCGAAUCAAGCUCGGAGAAAAGCGACCCAAGCGACCGGCCUCAUUUCACGGAGAAGAUUUGUUAAACAGAGUGGUGAAACGAGACAUGAACUUCUUCCUUCCGUUCAAGAUGCAAGGCUCUCGAGUGGAAAAUUCUAGACGAAUUCUAAACAAGAAAUCGCUUGAUAACGAAAAAGACCUUGAAAGCGAAUUCUUCGCCGUAUUCGACGCUCCGCCACCGACGUCGCUGGAGAAACCGCCAACUGCCGUCAGCCGAAUCGAGUACAUGAUGAGAGAAAUGUCGCAGAAUAAGAAUCGCAAGGCACCAUUAGCUCCAGUCCGUGAGAAUCCAAAAUCCUCAGCUAACAGGCCCAUAAGGCCUAUCGACACCGGACAAGUGCCGACAUCCUCUUUACAAGAGCUGCCUUUCCAUAGUCCAGGGGCAACUCCAGUGAGUAAUAGGAAAUUCCCAGAGAAAGUACCAUUUCGACUUUACGAUCAACUCCCGGAGAAGAUGAAAGUGGAAAGAGUGCGUCAGCUGGAACGGGGUUACAGUAUGGAGACACAUGAUCGGCCAACGUAUUCAGAAGAAAUGCGCCGUCUGGCAGAGGAAAGGAAGCGCGAUGAACGCGAAAGGGUGGCGUCGAAUGAAGAAGCCGAAAAUAGAAAAUCGCGCAUUCAACGACAGCCACCAGUUCAUCUGACACGAAUCAGACCGCCUUCUUAUGUCAUUCAGCGGAAAACG